GCCAUACGGCUUCCCUCUCUUCUCUGUUACAGGAGGUGGCAUAUUAUUCAGAUGACAUUGGGCACAUGCCUUAAGAUUCGAUGGCGCGAAACAUUUGUCUUCCAAACGUCGUAAUUGCGAUGAAGCAAGUUUUGUAAGACAAUGCGAAAUAUUUUGCUCCGCAUGUGCUAUAAGAUCGCGAAGAAACUCUUUCAUAAAUUCGCUGAAUACGGAAUAUUUCCGCGAUUUAAUUAAGGAACUGCCUAGACAAAUAAAACGAAAAUUCGUGAUCGUGCCAAGAUGUAUGGAAUGCUGCUGGAAAGUGUACAAUAUUUCGUGCAGUUAGAAUUUGGCGAAGAAGUAUGGCUUCACAUUUUGGAGAAAGCUGAUUGUAAACACAUGGUUUUUAAUACAAGACAAAUAUAUUCUGAUGAGCUAAUGACUAAUUUGGCCGCAGCUCUUGCCAUAUAUACUGGUGAUUCUAUGGAUAACAUUAUGCAGUUUUUUGGAAAAUGUUUUGUUAGAUUUUUCAGUAAUUUAGGAUACGAUUGCACUGUAAAAGCAACUGGUCGUUAUUUCUGCGAUUUUUUACAAAGCGUUGACAAUAUUCAUAUGCAAAUGAGAUUUACAUAUCCAAAAAUGAAGAGUCCUUCUAUGUAUACAACACAUGUCGAUCCACAGGGAGUUGUUCUGGUUUACAGAAGUACUCGACAAGGCUUUACACAUUAUUUUAUGGGACAAUUAUUUCAGAUAGCAAAAGAGUUAUACAAUACAGAAUUAAGUAUUAGAGUUUUAGAAAGUUCAAACAAUAUUCCAGGAUCUCGAAACGUAAUGGUUAAGUUCCGUAUUGAUUUUGAUAAUCAUCAAUAUAUCACGAAGAAUAACACAAUAAAAACUACAUUAAACCGUGAAUUGCCACCAGUUUCUUGCACAUUUUUCUUACGCCUUUUUCCAUUUGGCGUCGUGAUGAACAAGGAUAUGCGAAUUCUAGGAGCAGGUGAUAAACUGCUCCAAGCCUGGGGUGGUACCACGUCUAUUUUAAAUAAGCAUGCUAUAGAAAUAUUCAAAUUAAGGAGACCCAAGGGAAUUUCGUUUACAUGGGGAAACAUAAUGUACUUACAUUCAGUGAUAUUCGAAUUAGAACUCAUUAGAGCGAAUGAUCAUCACUCCUCGAUAAAUUCAGACAGUACACCGAGUACAAGCAGUGGUUUAGAUAGGCGUGGAAGUCAAGGUGCGAGGAGCAUCUUGUUGAAAGGCCAAAUGAGAUAUAUCGAAGAUAUUAAAGCGAUUAUAUUUCUCUGCAGUCCUUUAAUCAACAAUUUGGACGAACUUCUUAAUAUGAGUUUAUAUUUGAACGAUCUAAAUCCUCACGGUAUGAGCAAAGAACUGGUACUAGCAGGAUGGCAACAUUGCGGAAGACUGGAAAUGAUGUUUGAGAGAGCAGAACAAAGAUCAGCGGAAUUAGAGAAUAGCUAUGCACUACUGGAUCGAUGGAAAAAUAAGAGCGACGAACUUCUAUAUUCUAUGAUUCCACAAACAGUAGCAGAUCGAUUACGAGCCGGAGCCAGUCCACUAAGCACUUGUGAAUCAUUUGAGUCAAUAACAGUUCUUUUCUGCGAAUUAUGCGACUUUGAUUAUUCAACCAUUGAGGGAGCAAUGGAUAUCGUCUUAUCAAUGAAUGCUGUUUUUUCCUGUUUCGAUACUCUAAUGGAUCAGUUUAACGUUUACAAAGUAGAAACCGUUGGUCGCGUGUACAUGGCAGCUAGCGGGGCACCAGAUAAAAACGAAAAUCAUGCGCAAAAUAUCGCCGACGUUUCUCUACAACUUAUCGAAAAUGUUCGAUCUCUCGAAUUAUCUUCCGGAUUAGACAUACGAAUCCGUAUAGGAAUUCAUUCCGGACCAGCAGUGGCUGGUGUGGUAGGCAUUAAGUUACCGAGAUAUUGCUUCUUUGGGGAUACUGUUAAUACAGCUUCCAGAAUGCAGACUACUAGUUUGCCAGGAAAGGUGCACAUUUCUUCCAGUACCAAAGCUUUGUUACCUAAAGAUCGUUAUCGCACCGAAUCACGUGGCGUAUGGGUAAAGGGAAAAGGAGAUAUGGAAACGUAUUGGUUACAACCAGCAGCAAAUAAUGAAUCGAAACAAGAAAUUAACUCGUCAGAUGAUGAAAAUGCAGUAGUUGAAGGUCUCUUAGUUACUAGUAUAUAGAACUUUAAUAUUUAAAUAACUAAAGUCCAUAUAUAAUUCCUUU